AUGCUGGUUACGAGUUCGACAUUUGCUUCACCUCGGUACAGAAACGGGCCAUCCGUACCCUCUGGACCGUUCUGGAUGCCAUCGAUCAGAUGUGGUUACCCGUUAUCAGAACCUGGCGCCUGAACGAGAGGCACUAUGGAGCCCUCACUGGUUUGAACAAGGCUGAGACGGCGGCAAAGCAUGGUGAGGCGCAGGUGAAGAUCUGGAGGCGCUCGUAUGACAUCCCUCCACCUCCCAUGCAGUCUGAUCACCCCUUCUACAGCACUAUCUGCAAGGACCGUCGCUACGCUGACCUGACAGAGGACCAGCUGCCAACAUGUGAGAGCUUGAAGGACACCAUCGCCCGGGCUCUGCCUUUCUGGAAUGAGGAAAUAGUCCCACAGAUCAAAGAGGGCAAGCGAGUCCUUAUUGCUGCCCAUGGCAAUAGCCUGCGUGGGAUCGUCAAGCACCUGGAAGGCAUGUCAGAAGAGGCCAUCAUGGAGCUGAACCUGCCCACGGGCAUCCCUAUCGUCUAUGAGCUGGACAAGAACCUGAAACCUGUCAAGCCCAUGCAGUUCCUGGGAGAUGAAGAAACGGUGCGCAAGGCCAUGGAGGCCGUUGCUGCUCAGGGCAAGGUCAAGAAGUGA